CAACAAACACAGCACCAGAAUGGCGGAGGAGCAAGCUGUUCAACCCAAUCCGAGUGAAACCAGUAAUGGGAAUGACAGCGAUCAGGACUUCGAGCCGACGGCGGAAAUGAUGGUCGAUGACUUCGACGAUGAAAGAACCAUGGCCGAAGAAGAAGAACUCGAAGGGGGUGACGAGGAAGAGGACGACGAACUCGAACUCCUCAAGAACGAGCAAGAUAUGCCCAUCGACAAACUGAAGGAAAUGUUCGGUUACGGUGGCGAUCAUCAACCCGCCCCGAUUGCUCUGGGCAGCAGGCGGUCUACAUCAGACGAUGAGACAGACGACGAACCGAGCAUGAAUUCCAAAGGCGACGAUCCGAAAGAUCUCGAAGACGGUGCGGAUACGAAGGACGGCAAAGAAAAAGACCCUAAGGAUAAGAAAGAGUCCACCCAUAAAUUUCUGACGAGAUCCUCUCGCACCGCGCAGCUACUCAGGGGUGGCUCUCAAGAUUCCACCGAUGACGAGGAUGAGGAUGAGUUCAACGAUAGGGAUGACAGAAGAUGGAAGAAAACCAUACAGGUUGGCUCCAGUUUCCAAGCUGAUAUUCCCGAGUCUUUCGCCAAAUACGAUGAUGUAUCUCCAUAUGAGAACGAGGACAUCCUCCAAUGGGAGCCGGAGCACAUGGAUGAUCAAACCGUUGUGGACUAUUACGACAAAUGGCAAGCGGCCGCGAACAAAGAGCUCAAUGGCGACGCAGAACCUCUACCGAUGGGAAACCACGUGCGAGAUGACGAACGCGCUCUCUGGCUGCUGCAGCAGAGCGGUUUCAGCGUGGAAGAAGCUCUACGGAGACAAAAACUCGGAGGUCCUCCGGGGGGUGCCGGAAGCUUUGUGAAUGGCGAUUGCGAUAUGACGCCUUGGAGCGAAGAAGAGUGCCGGAAUUUCGAAGCUGGUCUCCGGCUUUUCGGGAAAGACUUCUUCACGAUCAAGACUAGCAGGUUGACGAGUAGAUCUGUCAAGGAACUUGUGAAUUUCUACUACUUGUGGAAGAAAACUGAGAGACACGACGUGUUUACGUCUAGAACCCGUCUGGAAAAGAAGAAAUACGCUCUUCAUCCUGGCACGACAGACUACAUGGACAAGUUCCUAGACGAACAGGAAGCCCUUAUCUCGAGAUCGUCAUCGCCGGGCGAGGGAACCAAAAGCACCACCACCAGCGGGAAAAUAGAAUCCACCGGCGGCAGCUCAGUUUCCGGAACACCGAGCAGCGCGGCUGGGAACAGCAGCAGCAACAACAACAACAACACGAUCCAGACGUCGGGAGCGUCGAUUCCUUCUCCGCAAGCGAUCCCCACCCAACCUGUAACCUAAGUACUCAAGCUCGAUUGUUACACGUGUUUCUCGAAUAUGAUGAUGUGCAGAAAAUAUGGCCUAUACGAAUUCGGGGCGCUACCAAGCUCCCUCACGGUCGGCACUCGGGGAUCAUUUGGUUGCCGAACUCGGAGGAAACUCGAUGUCGACGGAUCAUCACAACUCAAAUUCCGGAGCUGGACGAGUUCCGAGCUCUUUGGACGUGACCCCCUGAUGAUCGAGGGGACGGAAACUCAAUUUGGUUCGCUGCCUGAUUCCCGCCAUCAGAGCUCCCGCCCCCUGACCAGUCGAUCGAUCGUCUCUUCAAUUCGGCGACGACACCGUUCGGCCGGGAAGGAAAUCGGGGGGAGAAGCCGUAGAACAAAACCGGCGUGAGGUCAUAUUCUCGUUUGAAGUUUUUGACUGAGAGCAAUUGAAAUCAGUGGUAAUUCAUUAAGAAGACCUUGUGGAAGAAGAUUUGUACUAUAUUAUGUGUUAUACGGUAAUGGUAACGAGCAUCACCACCGCCACCAACAGCAGGGACAGCAGGUA